CCCCGCAGCUCUACCACGCGGAGCGAGUAUGGAGGGACACACAGAAAACGUGCAGGGGACUGAAAAGACACCAAAGAAAGUAAAAGACAAAACAAAGAAGAAGAGGACUAAAGAUGAAGAGGAAGAGGAGCAGGAUGAGCUCUUCAACUUUAACAGCAAACCUGCUGAGAAAGAUGAGGACGACGAUGAUCUAUCCGACAGCGAGGAGAGUGUGUUCUCCGGGCUAGAGGACUCUGGUAGUGACUCUGAGGAGGAAGAGGAGGAAGGAUCCUCAGACGACGGUGAUGAUGUUAAUGAGGAUGAGACUCCUAGUCAACAGACAUCUGUAAAGAAGGACAAGAAGAAAGGACGAGUGAGUGAAGAAAAAGAAGAAAAAAGAGAAGAGAAAAAAGAAGAUGAGUACCAACAUGACAGCUCAGAUGAAGAGGACGUUAGGAACACAGUGGGCAACAUUCCAAUGGAGUGGUACAAAGACUUCCCACAUAUUGGCUAUGACCUGGAAGGGAAAAAGAUCUAUAAGCCAAUCAGGAGCAAGGAUGAGCUGGAUGAAUUCUUGGACAAAAUGGAAAACCCUGAGUACUGGAAAACGGUCCAUGACAAGCAGACGGGAAGAGACAUCGUGUUGUCAGAUGAGCAGGUGCAGCUGGUAAAUCGUCUGCAGAAAGGCCAGUUUGGAGACGUCAACUUCAACGAGUAUCAGCCAGCAGUGGAGUUCUUCAGUAAAGACGUUAUGCUUCAUCCAGUCACUAAUAGACCCGCAGACAAACGGAGCUUCAUCCCAUCGUUGAUUGAGAAGGAAAAGGUCUCCAAACUGGUACAUGCUAUUAAGAUGGGAUGGAUAAAACCCAAGAGGGUGGAAAGUGACAAAGACCGCUACUACGACCUCUGGGCCAGCGAGGACUCUUCUAUCCUGGCCAGACACCGGAUGCAUCUGCCGGCCCCCAAGAUCCGUCUCCCCGGCCAUGAAGAGUCCUACAACCCCCCGCCCGAGUACCUGUUCACAGAAGAGGAGCGAGCUCUGUGGGAGCAGCAGGAUCCGUCAGACAGAAAGAUGCCGUUUAUUCCCCAGAAGUUCUCCAGCCUCCGCCAAGUCCCGGCCUUUUCACGCUUCAUUCACGAGAGGUUUGAGCGCUGCCUCGACCUGUACCUGUGUCCCAGGCAGAGGAAGAUGAGGGUGAAUGUGAAUCCAGAGGAUCUGAUUCCCAAACUUCCCAAACCAAAGGACUUGCAGCCGUUUCCAACAACACAGUCUCUGGUGUAUCGAGGUCACACUGGCCUGGUUCGUUCCAUCAGCGUGUCUCCGUCAGGACAGUGGCUCGCUUCAGGUAGUGAUGACGGCUCUGUCAGAGUCUGGGAGGUGAGUUCGUCUCGCUGUAUGAAGACGAUACAGGUGGGCGGAGCGGUGAAGAGCGUCGCGUGGAACCCAAACCCGUCUGUGUGUCUACUGGCUGUUGCUCUGGAGUCUGUGGUCUUGGUCCUGUCUCCGUGUCUGGCAGACAAACAGGUCAUGUCUGCAACAGACCGGCUACUUGCUACUCCACAGGAGGAGGCUCUGUCAGACGGGCCGCGCCCCGUCGUCUGGUCUGACACUGAGGGGGAGCAGCUUAAUCAAGGGAUUCGUCUCAAAAUACAACAUCCUAAAGCUGUUAACCAGGUGACGUGGCACGCUAAGGGCGACUACCUGGCGUCGGUGAUGUCCGACCACUCCAGCCAUCUACAGGUGUUCAUCCACCAGAUGAGCCGAAGGCGGAGCCAGAACCCGUUCAGGAAAAACAAAGGUCUUGUCCAGUGCGUGUCCUUCCACCCCGUGAGGCCCUACUUCUUCGUGGCGACGCAGCGCUCCGUCAGAGUCUACAACCUCGUCAAACAGGAAAUGACCAAGAAACUCCAGGCCAACUCUAAGUGGAUCUCCAGCAUCGCUGUCCACCCUGGAGGUGAUCAUGUGAUCUCUGGGAGUUAUGACUGCAGACUGAGCUGGUUUGACCUCGACCUCUCUACAAAACCAUACAAAGUGCUGCGACACCAUAAGAAGGCGGUGAGAAGUGUGGCCUAUCACAGGACCUAUCCGCUGUUUGCCUCAGCUUCUGAUGAUGGAUCAGUGAUCGUCUGUCACGGGACUGUUUAUAAUGACCUGCUUCAGAAUCCACUUAUUGUUCCAGUGAAAGUCCUCAGAGGUCAUGCCAUCACUCACGACCUUGGCGUUCUGGACGUGACCUUUCACCCUACACAGCCUUGGAUCUUCUCCUCGGGAGCCGACGCCACCAUCCGACUAUUCACAUAGGAAGCAACUGGACAUCCAUCAAUUGGUUGUUACUAUUGUUGUCUACCGGUACAACAGCUAAACCCAUCUGUAUGUACGUGGAGGGAGCUGUGUCAGCCGGCCAGUGUGCUCCCACAAACCUGUCAAGAGCUCCACUGAAAUGAUAAUGUCAUUUCCUAUAUCUUUUUUUUUUUUU